GCGCGGAGGUGAAAGGUUGUCUGUCAGUCGAAACAUACUGUAGUCGAAACAAUGGGAAUAAAAACUCUUUUGCCGUUUGUAAAAGAAGCUACCACCAGGGUAAAUAUAAAAGACUUUGCUGGCCAGGUUUGUGCAGUCGAUGUGUCGUGUUGGCUUCACAAAGCGUUGGCUGUAAGCUACAAGGAGUUUGGCGAUGAUCGCAGGUUUGUAUUUUAUUAUUUACUGUAAUAAAUACAGUUUAAUUUCUGCAUUAUUCAGUCGCCAAAUUUGUAUAUUUACCGUAUAUGCGCAAUCUGCUUACAACUGUAUUGUUAUUGUAAUUACUGUAUGCAAAUUUUUAAGGGUUAUUGACAUAUGUGAGUCUUUCCUGAGAGUCUUGAUAGCAAACGACGUGAAGCCAUAUUUUGUAUUUGAUGGCUUGCCUCUUCCCGCCAAGCAAAGAGAAAACGAAGAGCGUACCAGGCAAGAAUAUUACUCAUACCAUUUACAUUGCUUAAAUUAUACUUGUAGAUGAAAUAUGACUGUACGAGCUCUUCACUUCUUGGAUAAAAUGUGCCUAAAUAUUUUGGAUGUAUUUUUUCUAUAGACAGAGGAGCAAAUAUCGUGAAAAUGCCACCUAUUUCACAAUACUAGGCGAUGAAAUUGCUGCAUGCAAAGAAAGCCUUGGCAAGAGCUGCCGAAAAUUAAUUGUGGUGUGUCACAAGCUUUCCCCACCCUGGGAGCCCCGGCUGGGGGGGGGGUGUGACCAUGCAGACAACCAGGUAUGGAAGUGACUUUGAAAAUAAUAUAGCUUGUGGGAUGGGAUAUAGUGUGGCAUUUUAAAUAAGUUUUUGCAAAUACCCCACUAUUACCAUUUACCUGUGGUCCGCAGGGAGGGGGAAAGACGAUGAAACAUGCAUUAAAAUGGGAGAUAUGAUACCGGCAGAUGGUUGUGUUACUGCAACUGUCAAUGCCAGUUAAUUGGAUAACAUAUACAUAGUCCAUUUUGACAUUUAGAUUUGUUGUGAAAGAGACAUUCCCUAUAUAAUGGCACCAUAUGAAGCAGAUGCCCAGAUUACCUUCCUUGUAAAUAAAGGAUAUGCUGAUUUUACUGUAUCUGAAGACUCAGAUUUGCUUGCAUAUCAGUGCAAAAAGGUAUAUGUGUAUUUUUAACAAUUUGCCAUAAUAAAAAGAAAUGAUGGCAUGUUGAUCUACCUACAAUCCCAGGCCUGCUACAAUCCUUUGCGGGCAGCAAGCAUAAAUCCACAAAAGAGUGACGAGAAAAACAGGCAAUGACAUGAAACUUAAACCGAUAAGUAUAACUGACAUCUUGUCUAUUGUGUGUUAUUUAAAAAACAUUUGACUGUUGUUUUAACAUUUCCGACUGCAAUGCUCUGUGGGUAAAUCGACAGCCGCCAUCUUUUUUAUUACGGCGGAUUAGAUUACAAGCUUGAGAUUUCUAUAUCAGGCGAUAGUUACAGUACUAUCACAUCAUAGAAAUCGAGAGUGAAUAAUCUUUUUUUUUUGUUAAAAAAAACAGUAAGAAAACAACAUUUCAAAACGUUUUUACUAUUUUACUUGUGAUAAACUGGCAAAAAAAUAUGACGAAGAGAUGGGUUUUCACUACUCACUAUCUAUCAACAAUGCAGCAUUUGCAUUAGGACCCAACUAACUUUUUACUAAAUAUAUAUAGAAUACAGUUUUUUUUAUAGUGCUGGAUAACGGAUUCAUCACUGGGGAGAACCAGAUUUAAUUUUUUGCACAUGAAUAAUAGACCUUUUCAAGCUUGUAGAAUAAAUUAUUUAUGAUAUUUCAGGUACUGUUUAAGCUAGAAACAAAUGGGACAGGUGACUUUGUGGAGCUGGAAAAAGUCUAGAAACAUUUAAACCUAAAUGCAGAUAAGUUCACUGACAUGUGCAUUGCUGCUGGCUGUGACUACCUUGAUAAUAUUCGAGGCAUUGGAAUUAACAAGGCCAAGAAAAUUGUUUCUGAGAACGAAACAUAUCUAAAUGUAUUGCAGACCUUGAAGUUUGCUCCAGCUGCCUACAGCAAAUGCUUUGAACAAGCUCGGAUGGUUUUCCAUUUUCAAACAGUCAUUGAUCCAAGCAUAUGUGAGACUGUCCCAUUAACUAAUGGUGACACUAUUGUAGCAUAA